AUGCGAGAAGUGAAGUUGUGUGAAUUUUGUCAAUUUAGUUUCUUAGGGUUUUGACGUGUUUUAUCGGUGAUUUAUUAACUGAUCAAUAUCUCUGAAAGUGCACUAAUCACUGACGAGGGAGGGAAAGUGAAAUAAAUGCGCUGGACAUUGGGUCUCAGGUUCUUCCAAAAAGUGCACUGAAAAAGUCUUUUAGUAAAUAACCACCAUUUUACCUUCUUUAUUUAUCCCAUCUCCUUUUUUUGUAUCAUCCCAAAUUUUCAAUUAUGAAAACAAAAUAAGAAAAUAUAAGACUUGGCUUGAAGGUCUCUUCACCAGGUUCAUAAAAUUGAAAAUAUAAAAAUAUGAGUGAUUGUACAAAGACUGUGAAUUGUCCUAUAUGUAAUAGAAGUUUUGAAAAUACUGAAAUUGAGGAACAUGUAAACAAAUGUCUUUUUCUCAAUUCAUGUGAAAAAUCUAAUUCGAAAAGACAAGGGCAACAACUAUUAUCUCCAAAUGAAAAAAGAAAGAAAGUUGAAAAGUUAACAGCUUUGCCUCCAAACUUGAAGAGUUCACAAUCACAAAAAAUAAGCACAAAUGAAAACAUAAAAAUACCUCUAUCAGAGUCUUUAAGGCCAAAAUCUCUGGACCAGAUCGUUGGACAAAAGCAAUCAUUUGGCACAGAUUCAAUGCUCCGAUCGAUGCUUGAACAAAACAAGAUUCCUAACAUGAUUUUGUGGGGUCCACCAGGCUGCGGAAAGACGUCAUUAGCAAAUGUCAUCUCUAAUAUUUGUAAAAAACAAAAUAAUUUAAAAUUUGUAAAAUUAUCAGCUACUACAUCUGGCAUCAAUGAUGUAAAGGAAAUUGUUAAAAUAGCAAAAAAUGAUGCACAAUUUAAAAACCAGACUAUUUUAUUCAUGGAUGAAAUCCACAGGUUUAACAAACUUCAACAGGACACUUUCCUGCCCCAUGUGGAGAAUGGUACAAUAACUCUGAUUGGAGCCACAACUGAAAAUCCUUCUUUCAGUCUCAAUAAUGCUCUACUUAGUAGAUGCCGGGUUGUUGUCAUGGACAAACUGACCACUGAAGAUGUGAUGGUUAUUUUAAAGAAAGCCGUUGGAUACAAUGAAGCAAAACUUAUUAAUACAAAGGAAACUGUGAACAAGAGUGAUGAACCUGAUCAAACCAUACCCAGGUAUUUAAUUGAAGAAGCUUCUUUGCAAUGGCUGGCAGAAAUGUGUGAUGGAGACGCUAGAGUCGCUUUAAGCGCCCUUGAACUGGCGCUUAAUGCUAGAGAUCCGGGCUCGGAUGUGCACCUGAACGGCCCAGCAGUGUUAACACAUGAUGAUAUCAAAGAUGGAAUAAAGCGCUCGCACGUGGUAUACGACAAGCACGGCGAAGAACAUUACAACACGAUAUCUGCUAUACAAAAGUGUAUCCGCGCUGGAGACGAUAACGCAGCGCUUUAUUGGACAGCCCGAGCGAUGCACGGCGGCGAAGAUCCAUUAUAUAUCGCGCGACGAUUUGUUAGAAUGGCCUGUGAAGACAUAGGAUUAGCCGAUCAAUCCGCAUUAGUAGAAGCAGUUGCGUGUUUUCAAGGUUGCCACCAAAUAGGGAUGCCCGAGUGUGACGUCCUGUUGGCUCAGUGUGCUGUGAGAUUAGCCCGGGCUCCGAAGAGUCGAGAAGUAUACAACGCACUGAAACGGUGUCAACAAUCUCUAAAAGAAACUAAAGGUCCUCUCCCACCAGUUCCAUUACAUUUACGGAAUGCACCGACCAAGCUAAUGAAGCAAAUAGGGUAUGGAAGUGGAUACAAUCUCCUGAGUAAGGAAGAAUCUGGACUUACCUAUUUGCCAGUAGGAGUUGAAGGUGAUUAUUUUCAGAAGGAAUACGAAGGCGAUUAA